CUCUAGAAUACAAAUGUAAAUGCAAAUGGCCUGGACAUAAUUGAAUACUGAUGACAUCGUAACAUAUUAGGUCAAUGACAACAAAGUCUUCUCAUCAAAUAUGCAGUUCAUACCUCUGAAUAAAUAAUUUUGACUCAAGCUAUUGCAGCAAUGGUGAAACAUUUGAAAUGGAAUCAUGUGAUGGUUGUGCAUGGUACUGAUGACUACAGUAAAAAUGUUCUGCAUACAUUUAUCAGCUUAACAACAAUGAGUGAUGACUUUUGCAUAGUCUCUGCCCAGGAAUAUCGCACUGCCCCUCAAACGGGAAACAGUGACAUUGAUAGACAAACUGUUACAAAAAAUCAGCAGCUUUAUGGGUCUAUGUUGUCUGUCCUAAAGCUGCAGCUUCCCAUAGUGGUUCUUAUGAGUUUCUCCAACUAUUACUCUUUUUUGAAAGAUUUCGGUACAUAUCUACAUUCUGGAAACCUGUCACAUGAUAUUGAUAGUAAACAAAAGAAGAAUAAAUUCAUUUUUUCUGACCUUCUAACGCAUGAAGAUUUAUCCUUAAUAAAUGAAACUUCUUUUGAUGUCUACUCUGUGACAUUAUUACCUGAUUAUGUGCCAGCAUUUGAGGACUACUGGGAAAAUAGAAAAGCUCAUGUGAAGAAUUUGUCACAGACACACACACAGAAGGACAGAUGGCUUUUUCAGUACCUUCAGCAGAUACGUAAUACAACAGAGGACUCACUACAUAUUGCAUUACGAACAAGAGCUGUACUUUCUUCCAGCUACACAGUCCUUGUAUUUGCUCAAGCUCUAGAACAGGCCUGGAAAUCUGCAUGUUUCAAUAAACAUGAUGACUUCUGCCCAGAAAUGAUGGAUCUUGGAAGAAAUGUGUUCUUGGAAAAUUAUUUUGAGCCAGUCCUAAAGAACUCUGCAGUGUUCAAUCAAAGUGAAACUGAGGAAGAGCAAAGAAAGUUUCACACUUUUGUGCUUGUGAAAUACCAGAAUUCCAUACAGAAAAAUGAUUCUGUUGAGUUAACCAAGGUGAUUUACAACAAUUAA